UAUUGAGAAAGUAACUGGGAGCGGCGGGAGCCCGAGGCUGUUUUGUUGAAAGAUGUGACUUUAUGCUAACGACAGCUAGUUUUGUCUAAAGGGUAUUUAAAGUUUACUCAGUCAUGCUUACGGACGUCUCCCAUAACUCACCACAGGUGCUAACCGAGAAAUUGUGCGUUAGCAGAUUAGCUAGCCGAGAGACGUCACUCUGUGGCACGGCGUAAACUUUGCGAGUUCAGCGACAUUUGGUGUGUUUUCGUUUAGCCGAACACAAUUAUCUGUAAAUCACCGAGUCUUCACUUUUUGGGGGGCUCCUUAUUAUCCACCUCCGAACGGGAGACUCUGGCUCUGCUGUCUUUACCACCCACAAACACCCGCCAUGGGGACGCGGUGGUCUCGUAGCGGCAGCAGCCAGUCUCUCCUCACGGAGGAGCAGAGGGUAACGCGGUACACUGAACGCAGAGACUCCGAUAAUGACUCUUUGGAUGGACUAGUCCGGCGCGAGGACAUAGCCCAGUUCCCGUACGUGGAGUUCACCGGCAGAGACAGCGUAACUUGUCCGACCUGCCAAGGCACUGGACGCAUACCUUCAGAACAAGUGAAUGAACUGGUUGCACUGAUCCCGUACAAUGACCAAAGACUGCAACCCCAAAGAACGUGUGCUGUGGUAUCUGACACCAAGAUGUUAGCAUCAGACCCUCUAAGUCCUGUAAGCUUGUCAAAAACAGGCUGUGUUGUAGGUGCUGUCUUUUUAUUCCUCUGUGUGUCUUUGGUUCUUUAUUUUACUCAGAGCACGCUCAACUUCAGCAACCCCAACUUCUUCUCGGUGCAUGUGCAGAGCAUCAGCUCCCAGGUCCUCUACAUGAAGACGGUGAUCGGGACUGAGCUGCUCCACAACGUCACCACAGUGCUGCCGCUCAGCGCGUGUCAGGUGAACUACACUGUCAGUGUGGAGAUCGGCAGUAACGCUCCGUACGUCUAUACGUUAUGCACCAUGUCCAGCAUCAAGGUUCACAACAUUCUCGUACUCAUGCAAACCUCAGUGAAAACCUCGUACAUGGUGCGAACGUCCCAGAACAGCCUGGAGGCCUAUCGCUACAUCGACUGCGGCUCCAACACCACGUACCAGCAGCCGGAGAAUUACAAGAUCCACUCCUCUGGUGACACAACGGCCCUAUCCCUCCGUCACUCUCUUUUGUGAGGGGCGCAGAUGUGAGACUACAAGGACUAUGUUAGUGUGCACUGCAGGGUGGACUAACAGCUCGGCAGCAGGGAAAUACCUAAUAUCGUCUCGUUUUCUACACUUGCUAAAAAGAGCCGACAUUGACCUGCUGUUAUCUCGUGCUAAUCCAGGAUUUGGCUGUAUCUCGGAAAACAAGGGCUCUGACAAGGGAAUGUUGUUCUAGCCAUCAACAGAUAAAGGGUCUUUGAUGGACUUGUGAAAUGUGGAAUUAUGGCCUGUAAUGUCAAGCUCAGCACUGUUUGUGAAAUGUUCUUGCCUGACUUCCCGUCUAAGUCCAGAGAGCAGUUUUGCUGUUUCAGAGCAACACGAGUCUGAGUGGAGAACUGAAUGAGUCACUAGCAGCGAGCACUCUUUGUGUUGUAAGCAGGACAAAGGUCACAGAAAGCUCUUUCUCAAACGCAACAUUCUCAGCCAGGAUGCUAUUCGCGUUAAUUAUGGCUGCAGAGCUCCCUCUCUGUGCUGCUGCUGCAAUGUCAUUAGAAUUCAAUCAAAAUUCCUUAGUGUGGCUUGAAUGACUGAUACACUGUGAUCACUACUGACUGUUGGUUUUUUUUGUUUGUUUGUUUUUGGCAGCUUGAAACUGGUGUGGAUUGUAGAUAUUUUUAAUGGUUCGAUAAGUUAUUGCCUGCCAAGCACAUCUAUAAGGAGAGAGGUUUAACAUCACGUUUUCUUCCAGUGAAACUCCAUUUAACUGCUUUUACUAUUCCCUCAGUAGAAAUCUACUCACAGAAUCCUUAAUACAGAUCCAGUUAAGCUACAAAAAGAAGACGUCCCACCACCAUACCACAUGAGUGCAAUUUAAAAAUCAAAAACAAUGCCUUUAGAUAGUGAGAGCUGAUUAUUUGCAGUGAGACAUUAUUUCCAGCUGAACAGGCAGGCUCAGAGAACACUGUUAUACAGUAUUUAGAAAGUGGCUGUACCAAUGCUAAUAAUUAUAAAGGUAGUAUAUCCU